GCCAUGCUCGCGACCGGCCGUUUCACCAACAACACGGAGGCGCACGACACCAUGCAAGAGCUCAUUGACCUACGUUACACUGGGCACCAGCUUCGUUUCGUGUUUGUUCUCCUGCUCGACCAAGACUGCGCGCCGUGCGCUUUCUACAAGCGCUUCGCUGUAGCUCUCCAGAAGGACUUCCUCGAUCGAGGCAUGUCCCCUGCGGCCGCGCAAUUGUCCUUGGCCUCGGCAUUACUCAACCUGUGGGUUCAAGCGGGCCACGACAUGUCCAAGUUCCCGCUGCCUGACCUCUUGCGACACAUGGCAGAACUGCAGGACCGGCCCGCUCUGCCCGAGGCAGAAUCCCGUCGUUUGCGGCUCCUGGUGGAAGGCUCCGCAGAAUCCAAACGACUGGCAGACGAGAUCCUCUCGCAGUUCGCGGUUGGGGCCGACGUUUUCUUCUUUGUCCACGGUCGCGCUGGCACCGGGAAGUCCACCCUCGCCAACUAUCUCACGCACGCUGCCGAGUCCACGCAGCACGCGGUGCUCAACGUGGCCACUAUUGGCCAGGCCGCUCUCCAACUGGCCCACGGCGCUACUGCCCACUCCACGUUCGGCAUCCCCACGACAGAUGACGAAUACCUCACUUCUACUGUGACGCCCAACACUGCGAAAGCCCGCAUGCUGGCACAAACGAAGCUCCUGCAAUGGGACGAAUGGCCCAUGGCCAAGAGGGCUUCGUGGGACUGCGUGGUGCAGCUGCUGCAGCGCCUGCGAGCUGACCUAUCCGACGUGUACGUCCCGAAGGUCGUGGUUUGCUACGGCGACUUCCGUCAAAUCCCGCCUGUGGUGAAGUACUGCACGCGCGCAGAAAUUGUCCAGCACUGCGUUCGCGCGUCCCCAACGUGGGCUCGCUUCCGCGUGCGCCACCUGCACCGUGCCCACCGGACCGCCGCCGACGCCAAGUUCACGGAAUGGCUGGAGACCAUUGGCAACGGCACGUGCCCCGCUCCUCACACCUGGAACGGGCACACUGGCUACGUGGCAUUAUCUGGCCUCCCGAUGGUGGACUCUGAGCAGGAGGCAGUCGACUUCGCAUUCCCCACCUUGCAUGACCCCCAUCGCCGCUCCAAAGCCAAGAUCGCGGCCACGACAAACGACAAGGUGGACCACUUCAACGCCCUCAUCCUCAACAGGCUCGUCAUGGACCACGGGCUUUCUGACCAUUCCCACUACAGCGCUGACAGUGUCGAGGUCGACGCCAACUCCGUAUUGGAUGAUUCCAUGACCACCGAGUUCCUGAAUACCCAAUCCCACCUGGGCGCCCCCCCGCACCGCUUGCGGCUGGUCCGCGGAGGCCUCUACGAGCUCACGCGCAACCUCAACAGCAAGGCUGCCUCCGAGCUCAGGAAGAUCGCCGCCAAUAGCCGGCGAUUCCAGGAGGCGGUGAACGAGCUGGAGCACAAGGGCGGCAUGGUGGACAAGCUGCUGGCGGCCCCGGCGGGCGAGCUGGCCACCGUGCUUGCAGCAAGCCCUGGCUGGCGCAGCUUCCGGGCCAAGAACUUCUUGCGCUUCCGCCAGCCGACGAGUCGGUGCAGCGACCACGGCCGGUACGCCACCACGCCAGAGGUGGUCCUCGCGGGGUCUGGGCCGCGCCGGGUGCUCUCCCAGCGCCUGGGGACCACGGCGUGGGUGCCAGGGAAACAGGUGGCCGCCCUGGAGAGCAGCACCGCCGGCGCCCUUCAGCUCUGGUCCGCCCUGCUGCGACAGUGCGCUGGCGAGCGGGCCAAGGCGCUGGCGGCGGCGCGCAAGCUGGCCACGAAGCGCCACAAGACCCCUGCGCUGGAGCGCCUGCUGAAGUGGGCGGACAAAGCGCUGCUCCCGGACUACGGGAUGCAGUUCGCUUUCUGCGAGGAGAGCCAGCUGCUCUCCCGGCUCGCAGGCCCGGCCCCCCCAGACGAGGAGGCCGGCGACGAGAGCGACGUGGCGGCGGGCGACGACAGCGAUGCCGAGGUCGCUGCUGGGCCGGCCGCUGGUGGCGCGUAGGCCACGCGGGCCCUGGGCUGCGGCUGCCGCCCCUGCCUCUGGCCCCCCGCUCUCGGCUUUCGGGCAGAGGCCGCCCGCGGGGUUGGGCGGUUUCUGGAGCGGCGCCUCUCGGUGCGACGCUG